GUCUAUAAAUACGGGCCCGAUGCCUUAUGCUAAAACUCGCAAGCAAUUGGGGUGUGCCUAAAAGAGGUCCAACCAAGUCUCUCCUCUCUCUCUCACUCUUGCUGUUGGGUUCUUCUGUUUUCAAGGUUUGGAGAAUGGAUACCUUCUUGUUCACCUCUGAAUCUGUAAAUGAGGGACAUCCAGACAAGCUCUGUGAUCAGAUAUCUGAUGCAGUGCUUGAUGCCUGCCUUGAACAAGAUCCUGACAGCAAAGUUGCUUGUGAGACUUGCACCAAGACCAACAUGGUAAUGGUUUUUGGUGAGAUCACCACCAAAGCAAAUGUUGACUAUGAGAAGAUUGUGCGUGACACAUGCCGCAACAUUGGAUUUAUCUCUGAUGAUGUUGGUCUUGACGCUGAUAACUGCAAGGUCCUAGUUAAUAUUGAGCAGCAGAGCCCAGACAUUGCUCAGGGUGUCCAUGGUCACCUUACCAAGCGCCCUGAAGAGAUUGGUGCUGGUGACCAGGGUCACAUGUUUGGCUAUGCCACAGAUGAGACACCCGAGUUGAUGCCUCUCAGCCAUGUUCUUGCAACUAAACUUGGUGCAUGUUUAACUGAGGUCCGCAAGAAUGGAACCUGCCCCUGGGUGAGACCUGAUGGCAAGACCCAAGUCACCGUUGAAUACUACAAUGACAAUGGAGCAAUGGUUCCAGUCAGGGUCCAUACUGUUCUCAUUUCCACUCAGCACGAUGAGACUGUCACCAACGAUGAGAUUGCCAAGGAUCUCAAGGAGCAUGUCAUCAAGACUGUUAUUCCUGAGAAGUAUCUUGAUGAGAAGACUAUCUUCCACCUCAAUCCUUCUGGCCGUUUUGUGAUUGGUGGCCCUCAUGGAGAUGCUGGUCUCACUGGUCGUAAAAUCAUCAUUGACACCUACGGCGGUUGGGGUGCCCAUGGUGGUGGUGCCUUCUCUGGUAAGGACCCAACAAAGGUUGACAGGAGUGGUGCCUACAUUGUUAGGCAGGCUGCCAAGAGCAUUGUUGCUAGUGGUCUAGCUCGCAGGUGCAUAGUCCAGGUCUCUUAUGCCAUCGGUGUUCCACAGCCAUUGUCUGUGUUUGUUGACACUUACGGCACCGGAAAGAUACCAGACAAGGAAAUUUUGAAGAUUGUGAAGGAGAACUUCGAUUUCAGGCCAGGGAUGAUUGCAAUUCACUUGGACUUGAAGAGGGGUGGCAAUUCCCGAUUCUUGAAAACAGCUGCCUAUGGCCACUUCGGAAGAGAUGAUGGUGACUUCACUUGGGAGGUUGCCAAGCCCCUUAAAUGGGAGAAGCCCCAGAAUUAGCUUGUUGCCUAAGUGAGAAGUGUUGUAGCUAGUAGCUGCUGCUCUGACUGAAUGGUCUGCAGUAUGCGUAUUGUUUGCUUCUGUCUACUGUUCUUUCCCUCUCUUGAAUGGCCCCUUUCACCCGUGUCGCUACUCCCAUUCUUAUUGUUUGGUUUACAGUAUCUUGUUCUUGCAUGGAGAUGUAUGCAUAUUAGUGGUUAAUAAAAAAAAUUGAUAGCUAAAUUGAGAAUGUCCCAACAAAAGCCUUUUAUAUUUUUUAACUA